AUGGUAUCUGCUGGCCUUCAGUUUCCGGGAAUCUCCCUGGCUAUGGUAGGCUGGGUGGGGUCUAUCGUGACCUGUGCCCUGCCCAUGUGGAGAGUCACCGCCUUCAUUGGAAACAACAUUGUGGUGGCACAGACCAUCUGGGAAGGCCUGUGGAUGAACUGUAUUGUUCAGAGCACUGGUCAGAUGCAAUGCAAGGUGUACGACUCGCUGCUGGCCCUCCCUCAAGACCUGCAAGCCGCCAGGGCGCUCACUGUCAUCUCUAUCCUGCUGGCUGUACUGGCACUGUUGGUUAGCAUAGUGCUACACUGCUGCCAGUUCUCGUCCUUGCACAGACGUCCAAGCAAGAAUGAUGUGUGAAUUUGGACUUCCAGC